CAACCAAAACAAUUCAAAGAGAGGCGAGGAAGGUCACACAUAGUAAAGUUCUACACGAAAAAAAAAAAAAAAUUACGAAACCGCAUCUCAUUUUCUGUCUUUGUUAGCACAAGUUCGUAUAAUUUGUUUGGGUGUCUUCGGUCGACGUUCUUUGCUUUGCAAAGUAUAUUUGUUAUCUUUUCUAAAUUCCGUUCGUUACAUAGAUGAAAGUUUUAGAUAAAGAAAAAAAUAAACAUUCGCCAACAUUGAUUUCGAUUCGAAUUUUAUCGUGUAGUGUAAAGUUCACCAUUUAAAGUGGAAUCUAAAGAAAACAAAAAUUUACAAAUUCGGUGGAAUACCAGAAAUAUAAAAUCGAUAAAUUUAAUUUCGUGAGUGAAGCUUUUCAAUUCGAUUGCCUCAUCGAAUUUUUGUGUGAAUUUGUUAAGUAAAUAAACUACAGCAGAAAUGGGUGGCUCGUCGUCACAUUCAGUCAGCCAAACUAUUAAGAAAAAUCAGGAGUACAUUUCGGAAAUGAAUAAGAUAAAGAUGGAUCGUUGGAUCCAAAUGCAUUAUCAAAUCAAAGAAAGAGAAUUAGCUCUGGAAAUAUCAAGAUCGAGGGAAUUGUUCUUUUGGUUGGGCUCAUUUUACACAGUCACUUUGGCGGGCAUCGUUUCUAGAUAUAGAACGACGCGACGAAGUGGGGUGCUGGCACCAGUAGUUCCGCUGACUUUCGUUUUGGCUUAUUACGCUGAUCUAGCUUAUGGAAGUAAAGUUCAUAGGAUAAGAGCUGAGGCAGAGAUGAUAAUGCAACGUGAACGCGACUUAUUGGAAUGGCCUCGAGGACUGCCGACAGUUUCUAGUAUCGACCAGGCCAGAACGAUAACGGAAAUGGAAAAGAAAUUACAUCCGCAUGAGAACUGAAACGAUUAAAGCCAAGAAUUGUUUUUGUAAAAAUGUUCAAUGGUUCCGUUAUCUUUCCGUCGUUAAUCCGGGAACGAUUUAUUGAACUGGAGAAUAGGAUUUUUUUAAAUUAGGUUUUUGUUGUGUAUUUUCGAGCUGGUGAUGAAAGUUUUAUCCAACAAAUUUUUGAGAAUUACUAUAAAUUGGAUUCAAAAUCAACGAGGUGAGGUGCGUGAUCGAAUUGCGGAUCGAUGUUCUUAUGAUAGUGGUAAAAAGUGCCUCAUUUUAUUUGUGUUGUACUGUUGUACACGGAAAUUCACUUUAGUUAAAUGAAUAUGGAACAGUAUUAUGGUCCGUCACUGAUCUAGUUAGAAGUAGAGUAUUUAAUUUAUAAAAAGCAACCGGCACGGCGAUACUUAAUACUCUUUUGAUAU